AAAAGAGCCCACAACACACACACACAUUCUCAGACAGCUAGAAGAAGCAUUUGUUGCCAGUACCUGGGGGCUUGAGCAACAGUCCUAUAGCCAGCAAAGUUGACCUUUUUUCUGAAAUUAUGCUUGCUUGGUGGAUAUUAUACAUAAACACUCAAACUUUGGGCCGCCAUCAUUAUCUGAGAGAGUAUUUCAGCCGACACAGUUUUCAGUCUGUGGACUCUAUUUCUGAAUACUUGCUAUCCGAUCGCUUACUGCUAUGUAAUGUUUGCAUAUUUGUUAGUUGAUUGCAGCCACCAGAUUCAUCCAGGAGAAGCUACCAUUUCCUGUUACACUGAAAAACUAGUGCUUUCGUGAAUGGAAUCAGACAUGGUUAUCCAUAAUGGAGGAUGUCAUUGCAGGAGAGUAAGGUGGCGAGUCCAAGCACCAAGUAGUGUUGUCGCUUGGAACUGCAACUGUUCUGAUUGUUCCAUGAGGGGAAACACUCACUUCAUUGUCCCUUCUGAAAAGUUUGAGCUUCUUGGAGAUUCCAAAGAAUUUCUUACAACCUACACUUUUGGCACGCAUACAGCAAAGCACACAUUCUGUAAGUUUUGUGGCAUAACUUCGUUUUACAUUCCACGAUCAAAUCCAGAUGGGGUUGCGGUUACUUUCAGAUGUGUGGACCCAGGGACUCUCACUCAUGUUGAGAUUAAGCACUAUGAUGGGAGGAAUUGGGAAAGCUCAUACAAUCAGACAGGCAUUGCUUCAUGCUCCCAAGGUACAGACUGAAUUGUCACUCAUUCUUCCACCACUCUCCUCUGUUUCCCUCCCUAAAGGAGAAGUACAACAUUUGGGAAAAACCUUUGUGAUGUCGCAUUUUGGAAAUCCUCAAAGUUGGAAAAUAAAAUUAGCAAUGCCUAAGUGUUGCCCUCGGCCAAAA